AUGUUCGGCAGCAUCUCCACCACCUCCGCUCGAACGCUUUCCCGCACAGCAGGCCCCACAGGAUCUCUCUUACGAUCAUUCACCUCCACCUCUCUCCUCCGCAACACCUCCACCACCGCUCGGUCAGCAGAAGAAGCAGCAACAGCGGGAGAGCUAAAGAUCCGCGAGAUCCUAAAGCAACGAUUCCAACCUUCAGUGCUCAAGGUGCAGGAUGUUUCUGGCGGAUGUGGAAGUUUCUACGCAAUCCAAUUAUCCAGCAAAGAAUUCAAAGGAAUGCCGACGGUUAAAGCGCAUAGAAUGGUGAAUAGCGAGUUGAAGCAUGUGAUCAAAGAUAUCCAUGGCUUACAGCUGCGGACCGUUGCAGAAGACUAG